AUGACCAUCAUGAACUCUUGGGAAGAGAGUGCGUUGCAAUACCGAUACCAGGACAAUGGAGCAUUUACAGGAGGAUCGGACAGCGUUGCAAUAGAUCCAAAAGAUACUGUACACGAUGGUAUAAUCUAUCCAGGACUCUAUGCCCCGAGUGGCUUUGAUAUUAUGAACAUACUCAUACAAGUCAUGACAAGACCAAACCCUGUCGUCGAACUCGGCCCCAUCGAUGCUUCCUGCGCCCUUAUCAUGUGCGAUCUCCAGCAACAAGACUACCCCAUAGUCUACGCCUCAGAUCCCUUCACCGAGCUAACCGGCUACUCGCAUUCCGAGGUGAUCGGGCUGAACUGUCGGUUCCUCCAAGCGCCAGGCGGGAGAGUCCGAAAACAAUCAACUCGGAAACAUGUGAACAAGGAGGUUCUCAAAACGAUGCGGCGAUCCGUUGAAGCGAACGAUGAACUGGCAGUCGAGGUUGUCAACUUCAAGAAGAACGGGGAUAGAUUCGUCAACGUGUUGACCAUGAUCCCGGUGCACUGGGAGAGUCAGACGCCGCGGUACUCGGUGGGCUUUUUGGCUGAAAAGACAUGGUGAAACUACCAGCCUGAUUUCAACGUAACAAAUACAAAGGGGAGGAGGGGGACAAGAAGGAAGAGGGCGUUAGGGAGCGAAUGUUUUCGAACUUGAAGUAUGAUACCCCGUCGUUAAACCACGCUACCAGGCACCAGCAUCGCGUUUUUUUUUUCCGUCGCCAGGCAUAUUUUCUGCUUCUAGGCAUCUAAUCUGCAUCUGAUACCCAUUUUUUCUAUAUCACGGGACUGGCAUGGGCAUGCUGUCGAUGGGAUUCAUGGAAUCGCGUUUGAAGAUUAUUUGAGAGGGGGGGGGGGGGUGAGGACUAUAUAUGAAGUUACGAAUGAAUGGUUUUUACUUUCGACGGAAUGAGGUUAUUCACAUAUUUGGACCUAGGUAGUUUACAUAUAUAUACAUAUAUACAUACAACAGC